AUGUAUACAUUCGUUCCAUUGGCAGCAUUGACUGGUAUUUGUGUCUUGUUGGCACUCACCGUCAAGAAGGAAAAGUUGGUUGUUUUCUGGUUGUUAUGGUCAGGUCUCAUUCACAUCAUCUUGGAAGGUAGCUAUGGUUUCUUUGCCCACGAAGUCACCGAGCCAUCCAAGGUCGACUUCAUGGUGAAGAUGUUCGAAGACGUCCCAAUGGAGAAGGCAUUGGACCUCCACUGGUACGCCUCACUCUACUCGCAAUACGCCAAGUACGACCUUCGUUAUGCCAUUGCUGACCCAAUGGUUGUCUUCUUUCUGCUUCCUCGAGUUGGUCCAAGGAACUGCUUGUUUCUUGUUGGUGUUGUCGGUGAUCUUCCAAUCGCGUAUCCGUCACGCCCUCCAAAUCUUCCUCUGCUCGCUCCAAGCUCUCGGAACCGUCUUCUACUUUAUCACACCAUACAUCUACGGAAAGUGGGCUGA